UCCAGCUAUCCCGCGUAAAUUGAAAGGUCCGGCUCGCCGCGCCCGGCUGUGUGUGCGCCGCGGGCCUCGGACGCCCCGGGCCACUGCAGAGCAAGCGGACCACCGUCGCGGAAGGUGUUGAGCAUCUAUGAAUUUCUGAAAAUUGCAAACUGCUGGACGCAAGCAGCAGAGCUGCAUACGGCAGGAGCAGGGUAGUUAGCUUGGCACAAUGGGAAUACAAGGAUUGCUGCAAUUUAUCAAAGAGGCCGCGGAGCCCAUCAACGUGAGGAAGUAUAAAGGCCAGGUAGUAGCUGUAGAUACCUAUUGCUGGCUUCACAAAGGAGCUAUUGCUUGUGCUGAAAAACUAGCUAAAGGUGAACCGACUGACAGGUAUGUAGGAUUUUGUAUGAAGUUUGUAAAUAUGCUACUAUCUCAUGGGAUCAAGCCUAUUCUUGUAUUUGAUGGAUGUACUUUACCUUCUAAAAAGGAAGUGGAGAAGUCUAGAAGACAAAGACGAGAAACCAAUCUUCUUAAGGGAAAGCAGCUUCUCCGUGAGGGGAAAGUCUCAGAAGCCAGAGAAUGUUUUACCCGUUCUGUCAAUAUCACCCAUGCCAUGGCUCACAAAGUCAUUAAAGCUGCACGGUCGCACGGAGUCGACUGUCUCGUGGCUCCGUACGAAGCAGACGCGCAGCUGGCCUACCUGAACAAAGCCGGGGUUGUGCAAGCUGUCAUUACAGAGGACUCCGACCUCCUCGCUUUUGGCUGUAAAAGGGUGAUUUUAAAAAUGGAUCAGUUUGGAAAUGGACUAGAAAUUGAUCAGGCUCGGCUUGGAAAAUGCAGACAGCUUGGGGAUGUUUUCACAGAAGAGAAGUUCCGUUAUAUGUGCAUUCUCUCAGGCUGUGACUAUCUCUCGUCGCUGCGUGGGAUUGGAUUAGCAAAGGCCUGCAAGGUUCUGAGACUAGCCAAUAACCCAGACAUUGUAAAAGUUAUCAAGAAAAUUGGACAUUAUCUGAAAACGAAUAUAACAGUACCAGAAGAUUACAUCAAAGGGUUUAUUCGGGCCAACAAUACGUUCCUUUAUCAGCUAGUUUUUGAUCCCAUCCAAAGAAAACUUAUCCCUCUGAAUGCCUAUGAAGAUGACAUUGAUCCAGAAACACUAAGCUAUGCAGGGCAGUAUGUCGAUGAUUCUAUAGCUCUUCAGAUAGCGCUUGGAAAUAAAGAUAUAAAUACUUUUGAACAGAUUGAUGACUACAAUCCAGAUGCUGUUAUGCUUACCCAGUCAAGACAUCACAGUUGGAAUGACAAAACAGGUCAAAAGUCAUCUAAUGUUAAUAGCAUUUGGCAUAGGAAUUAUUGCCCUAGACUUGAGCCGGAUAUGAUUUCAGAUGCUGCAAGAUCAAGGGAAAAUCCAAGUACACUGGGCAUUGAAAAAGUGAUUAGUACUAAAGGGUUAAAUCUGCCAAGGAAGUCAUCAGUUGUGAAAAGGCUAAGAAAUGAAGAGCUUUCAGAAGGUGACCUGCUGAGUCAGUAUUCUCAGCCAUUCGUGAAGAAGGCCAAAAGAAAUGGCUGUGAAGGUAAACAGUCAUCGAAGUCUUCUGAAAUGCACGUGCCUGACCUGGUAGAUGGAACUACUAGUAAAAAUGCCAUAAGCACACCAUCUACAACGCGAAAUAAAUUUGCAACAUUUUUACAGAGGAAAAAUAAAGAGAGUGGUACAGUUGUGGUUCCAGGGACAAGAAGCAGGUUUUUUUGCAAUUCUCUGGACUCUGCAGACUGUGCAUCCCAGGAAGCAAGCAGCCAGCCUCCGGACGAGACUGCUGUCACCGAGAGUGUGACCACUCUGACUGAAUCAGGCUGCUUAAACGAUAAGGAGCCAGCUGAUACAAAAGUGGCACCUGAUUUCAGCGAUCAGAUUCCAGAUGAUGUGACUGGAAUUCCUAGUGGGUCGCAGCCUUUGAAGGCCAGCACAUUCACAAGGACCAUUUCACCACCCACUCUGGGGACGCUAAGAAGUUGUUUUAGUUGGUCUGGGAGUCUUGGAGAUCUUUCAGGAACUUCAAGCCUCUCUCCACGCGCAGCUCUGCAGCACUUCCGUAGAAACAGUGACUGUUCCCCCUUCCCGCCUGAGCCUGGGGUGGCCGGGGCAUCUCCCGUAAAGAGUGAUGAGUCGUGUGACGAACAUCACUUACAUGAAAUGGAAUGUUCUUCUCAGUCUCAAGAAAGUCUAAACACAUCAGAUCUUUCCCAGCAUUCUAAUAAAGAUUCAGAUUCAGAGGAGUCUGAUUGCAAUUUUAAAUCACUUAGUGAUCAAGUUAAUCAGAAAUCCAAGCUACAUUUAUCUCAUUUUUCAAAAAAGGACAGACUUCUAAGGAACAAGGUUCCUGGGCUGUAUAAAUCAAGUUCCCUGGACAGUCUUUCUACAACCAGGAUCAAACCUCUAGCACCUGCCAGAGUCAGUGGGCUGAGCAAGAAACCCUCAAACAUCCAGAAGCGAAAUCAUCCUAAUAUUGAGAACACGCCUGGAUUGCAGAUAAAGAUCAAUGAGCUCUGGAAAAAUUUUGGAUUCAAAAAAAAUUCGGAAAAACUUCCUUCUUGUAAGAAGCCAGAACCCCUGUCUCCAGUCAAAGAUAAUAUUCAGCUAACUCCAGAAACAGAUGAGAAUAUAUUUAGCAAAUCUGAAUGUAUGCAUGUUCAGAGAGCAAUAUUUCAAUAA